AAGCCUAAUUUUCACGACCAUUCUAUUCUUUAUAGUCACCUAUCUCAUAACUAACGCGUUUAAACUCGUCAACCGUGACAUUUACAAGUGACCCAACAAGUUUUCUAUUAUUCCGAUGCUAUCAUAUUAUGCCCAAUAAAAGCUCAUAUAACUCAUGUACUCUACCUCACAACUUCUAAAUCAUACCAACUAUUUUCUCUAUAUUUACUCAUAUGGCUUUUCCGUCAAAAUUUUCUUUGCUUUUCCUUUUUGCUGCCAUCUUCGUCCAGAGUUCUCUAGGAGAACUAAUAUGUGAAGAAUUACCAAGCGAUUUGUGUGUAAUGGCAAUCGCUUCAUCGGGGAAGAGAUGUGUGUUAGAAAAAUAUAGGAAUGAUGUAGAGGAGACAGAGUACCAAUGCAGAACAUCAGAAGUGGUGGUAGAAAGAAUGUCGGAGCACAUUGAGACUGAUAAAUGUGUUAAAGCUUGUGGAGUUGAUAGAAAGAUGGUUGGCAUCUCAUCUGAUAACUUGCUUAAACCUCAAUUCACUGCUAAACUUUGUUCUCCUUCUUGUUACAACAAAUGCCCCAAUGUUGUUGAUCUCUACUUCAAAUUGGCUGAAGGAGAAGGAGUAUAUUUGCCAGAUUUAUGUCAAAAUCAAAAGAGUAACCAUCGUCGCACCACGUUUGAGCUCAUGAGCUCCGGAGCUGCACCUGGCCCUAUUAACGGAAACCAUGUUUCAUCAUCCCUCCAUGCAGAUGAUCAUAUGGCUCUAGCACCUGCUCCCUUUUCCAGCUUUUUCUAAAAAUAUUUAAUUUUGAUGUCAAAAAAUUGAAUGAAGAAGCCAGAAUAUAUAUAUUUGUACUGUCAAUUUCAUUGUUGUAAAUUUCAAUUUAGAGCGAAGAACCAAUUAUUUUGAGAGAGACAUAAAGGGAGAUGAGAAUUUCAUGGUUUUUAUUUCUUCGAGAAAAUUGUGAAAAAAGAUCUUUUAAGUGGUCGACUUUUCGAAAAAGAACCGUUUAAGUGAAAACUUGUGAAAAAAUAUCGUUUAAGUUGCAUUUUGUUUGUAUGGGGUACUUGGGUGAACUUGUGCGGUGUUCAACGCCAGAGGUUCUUCAAGUUUCCAACACUCCUCAGUGUCGUGACCCUUUCCUUGGUGAUAUUUGCAGUGUUUAUUAGGAUCCUACUUAGGUGGCCUGGCUUCUGGAACCGGAUCUUUAAUAGGUCCUAUGGGCAUGACUAGUCCUUUGUGGUGUAGCUUUUCGAAGGUUGUCUCGUAACUCAUACCAAGGGGAGUGAUUACUCUUUUUGACAUUUGGAUUUGUUGUUAAGAAGUGGUCGUAGCAUGUAUUUCUUUAGUGGGAGAGGAAGAAAAAUGAUGGCCGUUCUUCUUUCCUUUCGCAUUAUCUACUUUCAAAAGAUCGUCUUUGAUGUUAAUGCCUAUAUCAUAGACAACAUUGAAAUUAUUCAAGUUCUGUUGAUAUUUCAAGUGCUUUGAAUACUUUUUUUGUAGGUUCUUGAUGAACAUCCUUACAGACUCUUUUUCAGUAGGAACUUCAACCAUAUUAGCAAAAGUUUACUUCCAUUUGUUGAAGAAAGAGGUGAACCCUUCGUUUUCCUUUUGCUUUAGCUUCUCCAGUUGUCUAUGGUAAGUUUCAACUUGAAAGUUGCACUUAUAUCUAUCAA